CCGUCAUUGGUUUUUUUAUUUUUUUUUUUAACUCCGAUCGCGACAUAUUCCUGGCAACUUGCGCAUUCCUCCAGAUGUGUCGGCGUUGCAGUGAGCCGAGCAACCAAAGAUGGUCAAAAUAGCGGGAAAGAAAAAGAAAAAUCGGAAACUCAUCACCCUUUGGUAAUAUCGGAGACGCAAUGAGCGAUCGGAGCUCACCAGGCCGGUUGGCUAUAAAGAGGGGUUGAGAUUUCAAAGAGAACCUUGCUAGAUCCCAUCCUCAUUUUCAUCGAACGCCAAGUUCUUGUUUCGCCAUUGUAUUUUUAAAUGGGCAAGCAAGAAACUGCCUCGUCGUCAAGCAAGACCUUUGCGGUCGAAGAGGAUCCGUACCGGAUCGAAGCUAUCAACGAUGACGACCAUGAUCCCCGCAGGCGGCUUGGGCUUUGGUCAACCACAUUUCUCAUCUUCAACCGGAUGAUUGGAACGGGCAUCUUUGCGACCCCUGCCUCAGUCCUCCUCUCUGCUGGCAGUGUUGGCAUGGCCCUUAUUUUUUGGGUUAUUGGUACUCUCAUCGCCGUUGCUGGUAUGACCGUGUAUCUCGAAUAUGGGACAGCGAUACCAAAGUCCGGGGGCGAAAAGAAUUAUCUCGAGUUUGUGUAUCGGCGGCCAAAGCUGCUUGCGACCUGCGUAUAUGCAUGGCAGUCGGUGCUUUUGGGUUGGGCAGGCAGUAACAGUAUCGUAUUUGGUCAAUACGUCCUUUUCGUUUUCAAUGUUGAACCCGGCGAUUGGAACUCGCGAGCGCUCGGUCUUCUUUGCGUAACAUUUGCGUUUUUGAUCCAUGCUGUAGCGUACAAGUGGGGAGUGCGGGUACAGAAUGCCCUCGGGGUAUUCAAGAUUAUCGUUCUCCUCAUUGUCGUUUUUUCUGGAUUUGCGGCUCUCGGUGGACACCUGAAGAUACCAAAGCCGGAUAACUUUUCCAAUGCCUUUGAUGGCACAACCGACAAUGCGUAUAAUUACGCCUCUGGCCUCUACAAGGUUAUAUGGUCUUUUAUCGGAUACAGCAACGCAAACUACGCGUUGGGCGAAGUCAAGCGUCCCAUUCGCACGAUCAAGAUCGCGGCACCUCUCGCCAUCGGGAUUGUCUCUGCUUUGUACAUGUUCGCCAACAUUGCAUACUUUGCUGGUGUACCGUUGGAACAAUUUCGAAACUCUGGGGUGCUUAUCGCAGGGCAGUUCUUCAUCAACGUGUUUGGCGAAACAUUCGGUCGUCGGGUCCUUCCCGCCUUUGUCGCACUCUCUGCCCUUGGAAACGUGAUGUCGGUCAUCUUCUCUCAGGGCCGGAUCAACCAAGAACUCGGCAAAGAGGGUGUCCUCCCAUUCUCCCGCGUUUGGGCCUCCAACUGGCCCUUCAAAGCCCCUUUUGCCGGCCUAGGUCUUCACUGGGUCUUUUCUGUCAUCAUGAUGCUCGCCCCGCCGCCGGGUAGCGCAUACAAUUUCAUAGUCGACGUUAUCACCUACCCGCUCACUGUCGUCAAUGUAUUUAUCGCCAUUGGUCUUCUUUGGCUUCGAUUUAACCGCGAUCGCUUCCAGUGGAAAUCUCCAUUCAAUGCGCCUCUUGUGUGUAUCAUCUUCUUCCUUGCGUGUAAUGUUCUCCUCGUAAUAUUCCCGUUCUUGUCCCCACCGGGAGGAGCACCUGACAUCGGAUAUGUGUAUUGGUUACCCUCACUUGUAGGAAUUUUAGUUUUGGUAGCUGGGGCUCUGUACUGGGCUGUUUGGUGGGUUCUGUUGCCAAAGCUUGGCGGUUACCAGUACGAAAGGGUGAAAUCGGAAUUGGCUGAUGGUACGCCAAUAUUUGAAUAUAGAAAGAUAAAAUAGUCUUGAUAGCUGUGUAUAAAUCUGUAGCGAGACUGUAUGUAAAUUUCAACUUCUAUGAACGAUGCACGCUUAUUCCGAUCGCGAAAGCACACAGUUCAGCGCCCAGCGGCGUGCGCAGAGGAAGACUUGCUCGUGAUGUUUAAUAUAUAUUACGGAACGAUA